AUGGGAGUUCCGGCGUUUUACCGGUGGCUGGCAGAGAAGUAUCCUAUGGUGGUUGUGGAUGCGAUAGAGGAAGAGCCGGUAGUUAUUGAAGGCGUUAAGAUCCCGCUGGAUACGAGUAAACCGAAUCCGAACAACAUUGAGUAUGAUAAUUUGUAUCUGGAUAUGAAUGGAAUUAUUCACCCCUGCUUUCACCCUGAAGACCGCCCAUCACCAACUACUUUUGAUGAGGUGUUUCAAUGCAUGUUUGACUAUAUAGAUAGGCUUUUCGUGAUGGUUCGGCCACGAAAACUGCUAUUCAUGGCUAUUGAUGGCGUUGCACCAAGGGCUAAGAUGAAUCAACAACGGUCAAGGCGAUUCAGAGCAGCCAAAGAUGCAGCAGAAUCAGCAGCUGAAGAGGAAAGGUUACGAGCGGAGUUUGAAAGAGAAGGCAGGAAUCUUCCACCCAAACAGGAAUCGCAAGUUUUUGAUUCCAACGUCAUUACUCCCGGAACACCAUUUAUGGCUGUUCUAUCUAUUGCUCUGCAAUAUUACAUCCAUCUUAGACUAAACAAUGAUCCUGGAUGGAAAAAUAUUAAGGUUAUACUUUCUGAUGCGAAUGUUCCUGGUGAAGGGGAACACAAAAUCAUGUCAUACGUCCGCCUUCAAAGGAAUCUUCCUGGUUAUGAUCCAAAUACCCGCCAUUGUCUGUAUGGUUUGGAUGCUGAUUUGAUCAUGUUGGCUUUGGCCACCCAUGAAGUUCAUUUCUCAAUACUUAGAGAGGUUGUAUUUAUGCCUGGCCAACAAGACAAAUGUUUUCUAUGUGGUCAAAUGGGUCACUUUGCUUCAGAUUGUGAAGGAAAAGCAAAACGAAAGGCGGGGGAGUUUGAUGAAAAAGGUGACGACGAUGUCGUGCCUAAAAAACCAUACCAGUUCCUCAACAUUUGGACUCUUCGAGAAUAUAUAGAAUAUGAGAUGAGGAUUCCUAAUCUGCCAUUUCAGAUUGAUUUAGAGUGUAUUAUUGAUGAUUUCAUCUUCAUGUGUUUCUUUGUUGGCAAUGACUUUUUGCCACAUAUGCCUACACUGGAGAUUCGUGAGGGUGCAAUUAACUUGUUAAUGGCUGUUUACAAGAAGGAACUCAGGGUUAUGGGUGGUUAUUUGACAGACGGAUGCAAGCCAAACCUAAGCAGGGUGGAGCACUUCAUUCAAGCUGUGGGAUCAUUUGAAGACAAAAUAUUUCAGAAAAGGGCUAGAUUGCAUCAGAGACAAGCUGAAAGAAUUAAGCGUGAAUCUAAUUCAAAAAGGGGAGAUGAUACUGAACCUCAAGUUAAACCUCAAUCUUUAGUUCCAGUUGCCCGUUUCCAUGGUUCUCGUCUUGCUUCUGGUCCUUCACCUUCACCCUAUCAGAGGAAAGGUUCUUCAACUUCUCUUGGACACGAUGAACUGGGUCAAGCUACCCCAAGUCAAUCUGGAAAAUUUGAUAAUAAACAAACCUAUGUCCGGGCUCAGAAAACAGCACGUGUAGAUUCAGGGGCAACUAUAGGCGCUGCCAUUGUUGAAGCUGAGAAUAGCCUUGAAAUUGAAGUAUGUUUUCCUGCUUCGGGAGAGGCACUUUAAUGCACGUGAAAACAAAGAAGAACUGAAAGUGAAGCUUAAGGAGUCACUUCGUGGAAAGUCUGAUGCAUUUAAUUCAGAUAAUCAAGAGGAAGACAAGGUUUAA